AUGUCUCGGCACCCGGUCCCACCCACAAAUCAGAUCUCUCUCGGCCAGCAGAUAGUGGCCUCCUCCACGGGUGCCCUUCUAACAUCACUAUUUAGUGAGUUUUUACAAUUUUUAUUUGAUUUUUAGGAGACGGCAUGGAUAAUAUCGAAGUCUUGAUGGUUUAUCGUUUAUUUUAAUUCCAGUGACUCCUAUGGACGUUGUAAAGACCCGGUUACAGACUCAGGUGCAGCCACUAGCCAAAGGAGAAUGUUUCCUCUUCAAUCACGGCCUCAUGGAUCAGAUCUGCACCGCGUGUUCGGAGCCCUCGAAAGAUUUGCGUUGCGAAUGGUUCAACCGGCCUGGACACUUUAAUGGAACGAUAGAUGCGUUUGUAAAGAUCACGAGGAAUGAAGGGAUCAGAUCGUUGUGGAGUGGGCUCUCACCAACAAUGUAAGUUUUUUAAAUUUAUAUUGCACUUGGUGUUUAGGCUAGAACGGAUUGAUCUGAAAAAUUAGAAGAUCUUAGAAGGACCGUAUUUUACCUAUCGAUGUCGAAACCCCUCCAAUUUUUUUGGAAACGCUUAUUACUGAUCAGUUUUUGUACGCUAUCUGCCUAGUGUAAUAUAAAUUUUUGGUCGAAACAUCGAUUUCUCUUUUCAGAGUGAGCGCAAUACCUCAGACUGUAUUUUACUUCACCCUGUAUGAUAAUUUGCACACAAGGCUGCGCCGAAAAUACCCCGGCGGAUAUUGGGCACCUUUAGUAGCCGGGGCUGGCGCCAGAUCAAUUGCAGCGACCGUGGUGUCGCCUUUGGAGAUGAUACGAACAAAAAUGCAAAGUGAAGUGUUAUCGUAUAAAGGUAGGGGGAAAAUGAAUUUGUUGUUUUUAUUUUUCGCGAAGAGAGAAAGAGUUGACUCUUUGUCAACUCUUUCUCUCAUGCGAAUUCGGUUGAAUUUGAAUUAUUUUUGGGCUGAAAAUGACUAAUAAAAUGUGAAAAUUGCAGAUAUGGCCAAAGCAAUAAAAUCCUCGAUCCGUCAUGAAGGCUAUACCAUGCUGUGGCGCGGCCUGGUAGCCACAUUACUCAGGGAUAUACCGUUUUCUGGUGAGUUGGUGAUAUAAAUUUGAAAUGCAUAACGUGUAGAGUAGUCUAUGAUGUGUUUUAUUUGUCCAAAUUUCAGCGGUUUAUUGGAUCGGCUACGAAGAUAUCAAGGCUCGAACAAUCCGGUACCUCGGCCGAAAGGACACCAACUUUUUGAUCAGUUUCGCGGCCGGCGCUACGUCCGGCACGAUCGCCACGAUUUUCACACAACCCUUUGAUGUAGUCAAAACACAUAAGCAAGUCACGUUGGGCAGUGUGAAUGUAAAGGGCAUCAAACGAGGCAAACAAGUCUUGGAGAACAAGCCCAUGAAGAUGGUCGUCAAGGAAAUAAUCGCUCGCGAAGGCGUUUCCGGACUGUUUACUGGUAUGUAAUGGUUAUUUUUUGGUGAAUUAGCACCUGUUAGAUCUGGUUUUGGUAGUUUUUGGCUGGGUUUUGGUCGAAAAUCACGUGAAAUUUUAGAUUUAUAUUACACAUCAGAUCAAAAUUGGUGAAGUGGAAAAAACAGGCUGUUGCUUUAAAACUAGUAUUUAGGGUGAUUUAAAAUUUUUCCUAUUAGAAUUGACAGUUUUUUCUGGUGAUUUUAAAUCCAUAGCCUUAGGGAAAUUAGCGAUUUUUCAUGGUGAAAAUCGAAUUCCAAUUUUUUUUGCAGUUUGUCUGUAAUUGCCAAAAGAUUACGUCUUUUUGAAGAUUUCGAGUGCAUAAAAUUACUUUCAGGUCUAAUACCACGAAUAGCCAAGACCUCCAUGGCAUGCGCCAUCAUGAUCGGCACCUACGAAUACCUGAAAUUGGUGUUCAAUCGAAGAAAUCGGAAAGAAAUCUAG